AACUCAGCAAGGGAGUUGUACAUGCCUGCUCCUGGGGGGACAUUCCAAUAUAUCUGCAUUACAGAAUAAUGUAUCAAACAAUGAUAAUUUUGUAUAGAACAGUCCUGAUAUUCUGACAGGGACAGGGGGCAGUGGUAACUGUUUGAGUGACAUUUUGUGUUACAAAGGAUCACGAACAAGCAGGCUUUCUGAGCAAGGAAGGCAAUUUGCCGGAUCGUUUCAGCAUGAAAAACUGAUGUGACAGGCUUUUGCUUAUUUUUCACCAAGCAGUAAAAUAACUCCCGGCUUCAGCUUCAUGCAGGUGCACAGCAUGGAGUAAAACAGGCAAGGAUGAACUCUAAGAGCUUAAUCAGACUCUCAGAGGGGAACAGGAAACUAUAUGUUGACAGCUCAGUGAUGGAAAUGGCUUUAGCAACUACGCUGGCAGACGGGAGGCUUUCUCUUUGCAAAACCACUUCACUCACACAUGCACACAAAAACAAUGCCAGUUUCAUAACCUCAAGAUCCCUGGUGUCAGGUUGACUAGCAGUUGCUGCCAGAAAGUUGACUUGAGUAGAACCUGGCUACUUGUCAUCUUUGGCCUCUGUGACCUGAUCCACUCCACCCUCGCAAGGGAGGCAACUAGGCCUUUUCCUUUGGCUGGCUGGCUACUCAUUUAGAAAUACCUCUGUGGUCAGGAAAGCAGGCCAAGAUAUUACUUGGAGGGCAGUUGCAUUGCUUUUUCAUGCCUUUUCGCUCUCUCUUGUUUGCAGUUUGCACAAGAAGUGUGCAUGCACACGAAAGUUCAUACCAAUAACAAACUUAGUUGGUCUCUCAGGUGCUACUGGAAGGAAUUUUUUUAUUUUGUUUCGACUACGGCAGACCAACACAGCUACCUACCUGUAUCUGUAAUUUUUGUAUUUUUAAUUUCCUAUUUUAAAUUAGUACUAGCUGCUGCAAGAGUCAGUUACUUGGCAGGAUACAAAUUUUGCAAUAAAUAAAACUGAAUGUUAACAUUGUCAUGAAAUUUUAUUUUAAGCUAAUUUGGAGCUGGAGUUGGAGGGGGCAAAGUAUCUGCAAGCAUUUUGAAGAAAGCUGCAUGAAUUGUGGUAAAUUUCAAAGCUGGAACAUGUGCAGUGGGCAACCAAGAUUAGAAAAGAUCUGGAAACUAAGCCUUGUGGGAAGUGUUUGGAGGAGAUGGGCAUGUUUAGCCUUGAAAAGAGGAAAUUCAGAGGUGAUACGAUAGCCAUUUUCAAAUAUCUAAAGGGAUAUCACAUGGAAGAUGGAGCAAGCUUGUUUCUGCUGUUCUAGAAGGGAGGACACAAACUGUGAAGCAGUUUUCAGGUAAUUGGAUCUCCUGUGUUUUGAAUAUCACAUGUAAGAGUUUGCUGUGGAACAGUUGUCCUUCCUUGGACCAAAGUAUCACAAACCAAUUGCCAUGUAAACUAUUCCAGUUGCUUGACUGGAUUGUACUUGCAAGACAAAACCAAUGACCCUUGUUCACUUUGCCAAAGACUUGUAUCUAGCCCCUUCCAUUUCUGACAGAUGAUCAUACUAUUUGUUGGGUGCGCGCGCACACACAAAAUCCUUUUGAAUAAGCAUAUCUUUGUGUAGCUCAUAAUCACCUUAAUCAUGCUGACAAAAGAUUAUAAAUAUAUGUCAAGAAAUGAUUCAAUCUUCACUUUUCUCCCCCACAACCAACCACUAAGAAACCCAGUAAAGUUCUUUGUUUAAAGAGCUCUGGUGACGACUAAUCCAUUUAUCAGUUUUACAUUUCCUGUGCUGUUUCCUAGGUUUUGCAUAGGGGAAAAAACAAUCACGUUGUUGAACUGAAACAACACAGUUGAAAGCCUUUCAUAAAGGCGCUGUGCCAGUUUCAACAUCUGUGCUCAACAGGUUGGCUUUGGUUAGGUAAAGAACAGGUCCUCUUUUUGAUCUAAAUCUUUAAUAAUUGAUCUGAAAACAUUUUCAUAGGUAAAUGGAACUGCAGUAUUUCCACGGAACUAUAACUAAAGACGACUGUGAAAAAUUACUGAGCAAAACAGGAAAAAAUGGGAGCUUUUUAAUACGAAACAGUGAGAGUAUUCCAGGAGUCUUGUGCCUUUGUGUUUUCUAUGAACAGAUUAUCUACACUUACCGAAUCUUCAGGAAACAUAAUGGACACUUUAUGAUGCAGACUUCUGAGGGUGCUCCAAAACAGGACUUCAGAACUUUAAAGGAUUUAAUUGCUACUUAUGAGAAACCAAAUCAAGGGCUAGUAAGCAACCUGCGCUAUCCAGUAAAUAGACCUACAACAUCCCAAAGAUCUCAGACCGUCUACGUCACUAAAGGUGAAGCAUAUUUGAUUCCUGAAAAUGAAGAUGCUGAGGAUUAUCUUGAAGUCUUACCUGAGUGAUUGGCUGAAGGACCAUUUCUCAUGGCUUGCUUCAUCUCUCAACACAGACACUAGUCUUGAGUGGGUCACACUCUUGCUAACUGGAUAGUCCAUUUGACUGGAUUUUGUUUUCAUUUGUGCUCUAGAUAGUACUGCCCACAUGGUUAUCUCUUGCUUACUUGGCUCUUGCUCCAGCAAAAAACCCAACACUCUUCCUUUUCCUUCCUGUAUUCGUGGUACCUAUACCUGCCCACUUAAAUGACCACUUCAUAGACCUGAUAAAAUGGAAACUGAGCUGCAAAACUUAUGCCACUAUAAAAGCUGCAGUACAUUUUAAGAGAAGCAAGUUUAAUAGCAUCCCGUACAUCAGGCAUGGCCAAACUUGGCCCUCCAGAUGUUUUGGGACUCCAACUCCAAUCAUCCCUAGCUAACAGGACCAAUGGUCAAGGAUGAUGGGAAUUGUAGUCCCAAAACAUCUGGAGGGCCAAGUUUGACCAUGCCUGCCCUACAUGGAGUCAAGUUUGAACUUGCUACAUCAAUGAUGAACUGGACUAUAGACCAGAAAAGCUUAUUCUGUAAGAAUUUUUAGUUUUUAAUCUUUAGUUGUUUCCUUCAUUCAACUUUGUGAAUAGUCAUGAACACAAGUGUUGGCUGAUUUUAUUUUUUAAAUUUUCACUUAUUUAUUUUGGCAAUUCGCAACUAGCAUCGGUAGCAGCAUGUUGAACAGAGUAAUGCUAAACAUAAAGGUAAAGGUAAGG